AUGAUUCGUGGAUCUGUUGUUCGUGCUAAGAACUUGACAUUACGUCGUUUUGUCUCAACUGCCAACUCUGGUACCAAGUUCACCACUUUAACUAAUGGUGUUACUUUAGCUACUGAAGUUAACCCCAACGCUACUACUGCUGCUGUUGGUUUGUUUUACGGUGGUGGAUCUAGAUCUGAGCAUUCCUACUCCAAUGGUCUUGCUGCUUUGACCACCAACUUGUUGGCUUCAAAGAAUGCUCCAGGUGUUGCUCUUUCUGCUCAAAACUCAAAGGAAUUUAACGGUGUUGUUGCCGUUUCUACCAAUGCCAAUGUUGCUGAAGCUGCUAAGUUGAUUGCUUCUAUUGCUUCCAAGCCAGAAUCUGCUUUUGACUCUGCUAACUUUGACACAAUCAAAGCUCUCAGUGCUUCAGCAGCUGCUGCUUCUGAAGCUAACCCAAAGAGUAAAGUUUUAGAACACUUGAAUGCUACUGCUUUCCAAGGUUAUUCUUUAUCCUUACCAACUUUAGGUACUCAAGAAACCGUCUCCCAUUUAAUUAAAGAUGAUGUUGCCAGAUUUGCCAAGUCUCAUUUGGUUUCCAAUAACGUUGUCAUUGCUGCUUCUGGUAACAUUGAUCACGAGCAAUUGGUCAACAGUUUAGAAGCUUCUUUGAACGUUGCCAAUGGACCCAAGCCAAUUGUUUCUCCUGCUUCAUUCUUGGGUUCUGAAGUUAGAAUGAGAGAUGACACCAUGCCAAAGGCUUAUAUUUCUAUUGCAGCUCACGGUGAAUCUCUUAACUCCCCUUACUACCAAACUGCUAAGGUUGCUUCUCAAGUUUUCGGUAAGUUUGAUCUUAGUGCUGCAGUUGCCAAGUUCACAUCCCCCAAGUUAGCCUCUAUUGUUCAAGAUUACGACAUUGUUGACUCUUAUGAACACUUUUCCACUUCAUACUCUGACACUGGGUUAUGGGGUUUCUACGCUGAAACCUCUGCCAUUGCUUCAAUUGACGACUUUGUCCACUUUACAUUGAAGGAAUGGAACAGAUUAUCUGUAUCUGUUACCGAUGCAGAAAUUGCUCGUGCUAAGGCUCAAACCAAGACUGCCUUAUUGAAAUCUUUGAACUCUUCUGCUGACAUUUCCAGUCACAUUGCUAGCGACUUGUUGUUGACUGGCCACAGAACUUCAGUUGCCUCUGCAUUGGAAAAGAUUGAUGCUGUUACUAAGAAGGACGUUAAGGCAUGGGCUCAACAAAACUUGUGGGAUAGAGAUGUGGUUAUCUCUGGUACCGGUCAAAUCGAAGACUUGCUUGAUUACAUGAGAGUUAGAAACGAUAUGGCUAUGAUGAGAUGGUGA